CCACAUGAAUGCUGUGCAUAGCAUGAUUUACAGCAACAAAAAGAAGAAGCCAACUCUUCCGGAUACUGAGCCUCUGUUCUUGAUUGAUAACGAUAUUGGGAAGCAUUUGAUGGAGUUUAGCAAGAGAGACCUCAAGUACGACAAAGAUUCUCUUGAUGCUUUUCUCGGGAUACUCAACGUCUACAUAGAAAUCAUGGAUGUGUUCACUAGCUGGGAAACCCGCUUAACCCAAGGAACGGGUGUAUGAUCAAUGCUUGGUACCACCUCAAGCCUGGUACCAGAAAGUUUGAUUUCCCUAGCUGGUCAUGGACUGGUUGGAAGGGAGCAAUCAAGAUGACAAGCUAUCAAAACCCGGAUCCCGAACUUCGACUAGUCACCACAGCCGGAGACUCAAUCCCACUCGACGAAUACAUAGAAGAAUUUGAUGCGAACUAUCCACCAGAUGUGAAACCCGUUAUCGAAAGGGACGUUACUUACUUUCUCCUUCCGCCGCGCACACUCGGUGCAAGCGAAGCGAGUAGAGGCCUUCUUCUGGAUAGGGUUCAUGGUGUAGGCUCUGAUUGGGGCUGCAGGUAUGGCCAUUUUCAAUGACUCAAGAUGUCAAGGAAGAUACGUGCCUCGCCAACGUUUGUCAACGUUCGCCAACACGAACGAUGUGGACAAGAGACGGUGGAACAGUGGCCAUGGGAGGCUUGGGAAUCGUUGGCAAAUUUAAUAGGGGACUAAACGAAAGAUGUCACGAGGACACGCUCACGUCAGCUCUGGCCAUCUCUUCACGUGGAUCCUAUCAGCCCUAGCCCCUGGGGCCCCUGGCAUUUAGUCCCUGGCUCGACAGAUGACCUUGCUGUGGCAAAAGACCUUCCUUUUUUUUUUUUUUUUUUUUUUUUUU